AUGGAAACACUGUCGGAGCAGCCUUGGGAUGUUGUCAUUGCAGGCACAGGACUUUUCCAAUCCCUGCUGGCAUUAGCGCUGUCGAGAUCUGGAAAGACCGUCCUUCACUUGGAUCAAAACUCAUACUACGGCGGGUCUGAGGCUGCUUUCAGCUUGGACGAAGCUGCAGAAUGGGUCGAGCAGGUUAAUCAACAUCCAACCCGGACUCCAUUUGAAGAUGCCGCAAUUCAAACCUUCCAAGUCCAAUCGUCUGGUAGCCAUGAUGAUGUACUUGAUCACAAAUCAUCAGGCCGGUCGUCCAGACUGGCUGCCAGUCGUGCCUACACCCUCUCACUGUCCCCGCAUUUUCUUUACACUCGAUCGGAGCUGAUCUCGGUCCUCAUCUCUUCGAAAGUGUAUCGUCAGCUGGAGUUCAUGGCAGUCGGUAGUUGGUGGGUGUACUCUACGGGUAGCCUUGACGAACAAAAACAUGAUGGCGGCGCCAUGCGCAUCUUCCAUCGCGUACCAGGCAACCGUGAGGACAUUUUCUCGGACAGCCAAAUCAGCAUGAAGUCAAAGCGGACUCUCAUACGCUUUCUGCGGCACAUCAGCAAAGACGAAGAAGAGCAAGAUGGUCUGGCGCCGGAAGAUCUGUCAGGGCCUUUCACAGGUUACCUGUCCGCCAAUUUCGGAGUGCCGUCUGAGCUGCAUAGCCCUCUGCUCUCCCUGGCGUUAUCCCAAUCCUCUCAACAAGACACACCUGCCAGCUUUGCGAUUCCCCGUGUCAAAAGGCACCUCGCCUCCAUGGGCGCAAUGGGCCCUGGAUUUGCUGGAGUUUUAUCCAAGUAUGGUGGUGGGUCUGAGAUCUUGCAAGUCGCAUGCAGAGCGUCCGCUGUGGGAGGGGCUGUCUAUGCUCUCGACACCGCAAUCGAGUCUCUGACAGACGCGGCAAAGGACGAGCCAAACGUGGCUCGUUCGAUCACCGUCGCUUCUUCCAGCUUCGACUUCCUCUUCCCAGUUACAGUAGAAGGUGCACCAGUCCCAGCGAGCGCUGUGCUGAUGUUCUCAGGAGAUACAUUGGACAGUCCCUCGUCUCCGCCGGUUUACCUCCGGGUUCACUCGAGCGACACUGGCGACUGUCCACGACAGCAGAGUGUGAUUUACGGUAGUGUCGCAAUCCCAGGAUCUGCAGGCCAAGAAUUGCUUGAACGUGCCGUGGACCGACUUCUUCAAGCUGAAGGUCCUCAGGCCUCCGCUCUGUGGUCCUUGCGCUACACCCAGCUUGGUCGCCUCGGUGAUAACAGAUCGUCCUGCAGCAUUCGAUCUUAUUCACCCAAUGUGUUCGGCUUCCCGCCGCCUAGUCUAGACUUGGCUUUUGAGGACCAGACUGUUGACUUGGUCAAGGAAGCAUGGAUUCAAAUUGUAGGAAGUAGUGUCCCUCAUGACGAAUUUAUGAUCUUUGAGGAUCGUGAAGGCACGUCCGACGAAUGA